UUCUUUGACCUGAAACAGCAAUAUGGCACCGGAAAAGGUGUCCUAGAUAUCGUCAAAAACCACCAAAUAUUUUACCGAACAAAAUUACUGAUCGGAAUUUUCACUUGCUUAUAGUUUUCUACAGUAUCUACGGGAUCAGCGGGGGGACAUUUCAGCCCACUUGAUGAUCUACAACUUGAAAGAAUGAAAUAAUGAAUCUGGAUUCCCUGUCGCUGGCCUUUUCUCAGAUUACCAAUCUUGUGGCCAAUCUCAACAAAAAGAAUUACAAGCAAAGUGUCGGGGAAAUCUCUCGCCUCGUUUCUCACAACGGGCCAGAGGCAGACAGGCACCUGCUGCGCUGCCUCUUCUCCUACAUUGACUUUUGUGAUGGUAAGAGCAGCGGCAAAGACUUUUAUGAGACGCAGCUGCUGAUACAGGAGUGCUCUUUACUUAUCACCAAACCUAAUUUUGUUUCAACUUUGUGCUUUGCUAUCGACAACCCUCUGCACCAGCAGAAGAGUCUAAAGCCAAGCCAGCAGUUCUUCACCCAACUGAGCAAAAUCUUAAAGCUCACUUCAGUUCAAGAAGUUGUCUUUGGGCUUGCUCUGACACACUCAGUUAAAUCUGAAACCAGGUCACUAGCUCUCCAGUUUGUAAAGCAGAAGUUGCCUGAUCUUGUCCGUGCCUACAUAGAUGCUGACAUACGUAACCAGCAAGAGAGUGGAUUAGCAGACUUUUCUGUGGAGAUACUCCAACUGCUCUUGAGCCAUCUACUUUACAGAUCGCCUGAUCAGCUAGGACUUGGAACUGUACAGCUAGAGGCCUUCACCAAGACUCUCAAGAAAGAAUUUCCGCCCGAGCGAGUACCAGUGGUACUUGCUCCUCUGUUAUAUGGUGACAAACAAGAUAUUCAUAUGGACAGAGUGAUUUCUGACAGCAUUGCAAUACCUAAAGGAGUGAUGGAUGGCUCUCUGGCAGAGCUUAUGCAGGAGAUGGGGUACAGCUGUUGUGCCACGGUGGAGGAAUGCCACAAGACCCUUGUCCAGUUCGGCAUCAAUGGAUUGACGGCUGGCAAUGUAGCCAAGGUCAUCGGUAUGAUGGCCAGGACCCAUACAGGCCUUAUGGAUAACCUUCCUCUGCAGUCGGUGUCUGGGGCUAGUGUCUGGAGCGAUGGCAAGGACAAACAAGACCAGUCUGGCCAGCUCUCCACCUGGGACGUUGACACCUUCAUCAAGGUGGUAAGAGAGCUUGCCCCACACAUCAACUUCAAGGAGGUUGUGUUUGAACUGGAUCAUCCAGGAUUCUACAUCGGGGACAGCCAAUCACUGAGGCUCGUGAAGACGGCAUUGAUCAGAGGUCUUCAGCAGGAGGUCUUCCCUGUUGAAGCCCUCUACACUAGAGUAUGGAAGAAUUUUGAAGGACAGUUAUCAUGGAUCCAACAAGCCCUAUCACAGCCUGAUAUCUUCUGCUUUGCUGACUAUCCUUGUCAUCCAGUUGUCAUUGACAUUCUCAAGGCACCACCGGAAGAAGAGAACAGAAAAAUUGCUACAUGGAAAUCCCUUGAGCUGGUUGAAGUGUUGCUGAAGCUCUCAGAGACUGGGAAGUAUGAACAAGUCAAGAACCUUUUUAGCUUUCCCAUCAAACAUUGUCCCGAUAUGCUGCUUCUUGCUUUACUACAAGUACAGCCGACAAUGACUCCAUUACGGUUAGAGCUGAUAGCAGUUCUCAUGCCAAUAUUCCUUGGGAAUCAUCCAAACUCUGGCAUCGUACUACACUAUGCGUGGCAUGGACAGGGGCAGUCACCCACCAUUCGUCAGAUUGUGAUGCACUCCAUGGCUGAUUGGUACAUGCGGGGCGACAGCGACCAGACUCGGCUGUCAAGAAUCCUUGAUGUGGCCCAGGAUCUCAAAGCCCUCUCUCUCCUCCUCAACGCAACACCGUUCCUCUUUGUGAUUGACCUAGCCUGCCUGGCAUCGCGCAGGGAGUACCUCAAGCUCGACAAGUGGAUGACAGACAAGAUCAGAGAACAUGGAGAGUCCUUUGUUCAGACAUGCGUGAAGUUUCUGAAGAGACGUGCCCCUCAGGUAAUGGGAGGGAUGCCCCCAGAGCCCAGGGAGUUGCCAGGAGGGGGUAAGACAGGCGUGUUACCACCUGAAACCAUUGGGACAAUGUUAGCCUGUCUACAAGCAUGUGUCAGUUCUGUGUCACCUGAGCUUGCUGAAACCAUCAUGAACAUGGUGGCUAACUGUGGUAACCUGCUCAAGUCUCGUCCCCCACCAGGAGUAAUGAACAACCAGGGGAUUCCCCCAAUCUCCCCGGGACCAGGCACGCCAAUUGACUCGCUACCAGGCAUGCCUCCUCUAGGCUCUACAAUGGGAACAUCCAUGGGCUCCACCAUGGCCUCAAACAUGGGCUCCACGAUGGCCUCAAAUAUGGGCUCCACGAUGGGGUCCACCUUGGGCUCCACGAUGGGCUCGACAAUGGGAUCGUCUGCACCGUCCAUGACCACGCCCAACCUACACCCCUUCAGCUCAAACCCUCUGGGGUCCAGCUUCGGCCAGCCUCCUCAGUCGCCACAGAAAACAUUUCCAAUGCUGUCAGGACCUGGUCCCAACCUAGGUGGACUCAUCAAUCCGUCCCAGUCUACCAGUCAUCAAUCUUCAUUGCACACUAACAGUCAAUCAACAAUGAGCCAACCCCCUAAAAGUGGUGCCGGUGCUAUAAGACCAGGUGAUAUAUCAAAUAUAUGGCCCGAGUUGAACCAGUCUUUUUCACCGGAGAUUGACGAGGAAGCAAACAGCUACUUUCAACAGAUAUACAACCAGCCUCCAAACCCUAUCAUGUCAGUGGAUGAUGUUCUUCAAAUGCUUAAACAAUUCAAAGAUUCACAAGUCACCAGGGAAAGGGAGGUGUUCAUGUGUAUGUUGAGGAAUUUAUUUGAGGAAUACAAGUUCUUUCCCCAGUAUCCAGAGAGAGAACUCUUGAUUACUGCAUGUCUGUUUGGAGGCGUCAUUGAACAAGGUUUAGUCACGUUUAUGGCUCUAGGAAUGGCUCUGCGCUAUGUGCUGGAAGCCCUAAGGAAGUCUCACAACAGCAAGAUGUACAUGUUUGGUAUAGCAGCACUAGAUAAGUUCAAGCUACGUCUCAAAGACUUUGCCCAGUACUGUACCCAUGUUGCUUCCAUCCCUCACUUCAAACAGUUCCCAGAGCAUCUUAUUGAGUAUGUGACGUACGGUCAACAAUCCAUGGAACCACCGGUAGCAAGCAGACCACAACCCACACCCACAACUACUACAGCAACAGUUACAACAACAGCUUCAUCUAUACUGUCAACAACAAAGCCUACAACAGCAACUACCACCGUGUCAGCCAUCAAACCCAUUGCCAAAGCAGCUCCCAAGCCUUCCAUUGCUAAUACCACCAACAUUGAUACACUCCUGGUGGCUACACCUAAGGAAGAGAUCAAAGAACCUUCAGAACAAGUCCAGGACAAGAUUGCUUUCAUCUUCAACAACCUCUCUCAGGUCAACCUAGUGCAGAAGUGUGAAGAAAUGAAGGAGCUUUGUUUGGAGGAACAUCUGGAGUGGAUAUCUCGUUACCUGGUCCUGAAGAGGGCUAGCAUCGAGACAAACUUCCACACACUCUACUCUAACUUUGUAGAUCAGAUCAAACUCGCUAAGCUCGCAGACCUGGUGCUAAAGGAAACCUACAGGAAUAUCGGGGUGCUGCUAGCAUCCAGUAAAAGUGAUUCAAACUUCUCAGAUAGGACCCUAUUGAAGAAUCUUGGACACUGGCUUGGAAAACUCACUUUAGCAAAGAACAAACCUAUCUUACAAGUGGAUCUGGAUAUGAAAGCCCUAAUCCUAGAGGCCUACCACAAGGGCCAGGCUGAACUCUUGUACGUGGUACCCUUUGUGGCCAAAGUGAUCGAGUCUUGCACAAAGAGUCGCAUCUUCAAGCCUCCUAACCCCUGGACCAUGGCCAUCAUGAAUGUCCUGGCAGAGCUUCACCAGGAACCCAACCUCAAGCUCAACCUCAAGUUUGAAGUAGAAGUCCUCUGCAAAGCCUUCAGUAUCACCAUGGAUGACUUGAAGCCUGGUAUGUACCUGAAGGAUCUGGAGAUGGUCGGUCUUAUCCCUCACAAAUUGACGACUUCCAAGAAGUUCAUGGAGGGUGGGGCGUUUGGUAUCUCUGUCGGUAUGGGUCAGGACAACCCCCCUUCAUCAGUAGGUGGCUUGGCUGUGCCCCUUCCUACCGUACCUAAUAGUUCACUUGUUGGUGAUCAAGGGAUUGCGUCAGCUGUUCCUACACCGCCUACUCCAUCAUUGCCUGCCACACCUGCACCUGUUCCUCAGUUUAGCUUCCAAGAUCUUAACACGUCAGCCUUGACAGGAAUCGCUCCUCUUACAUCCGUCAAUGCGCAGUUGGCGAUCUUCCAGGCCCACCCUCAGUUGCGUAACUGUGUACGCCCAGCCGUUGAGAGGGCAGUCCAGGAGCUAGUACAUCCUGUGGUUGAUAGAUCCAUUAAGAUAGCUCUCAGCACCUGUGAACAAAUCGUCAAGAAGGACUUUGCCCUAGAUCCUGAGGAGAAUCGUAUGCGUCUUGCUGCUCACCACAUGGUGCGGAACUUGACGGCUGGUAUGGCCAUGAUCACCUGCCAUGAACCACUCAUCUUCAGUAUCAUCAACAACUUCAAACUAUCCUGUAUAGCAGCUCUCAAGGGUGGUACUCCACAGCAGAAGGAGCUGAUAGAACAGGCAGCAUCCGUGGUUGCCAAUGACAACGUAGAACUGGCCUGUUGCUUCAUUCAGAAGUGUGCUGUAGAGAAGGCCAUCCCUGAGAUGGACCGAAGACUUGCCACAGAGAUUGAGCUGAGGAAGCAUGCAAGGAAUGAGAAUCGUCGCUACUGUGAUCCAGUGGUUCUUACCUAUCAGGCUGAAAGGAUGCCAGAACAGAUUAGACUAAAAGUUGGAGGAGUCCCUCAAGGUCAGAUAGCUGUCUAUGAAGAGUUUGCUCGUAGCAUUCCAGGAUUCCUUCCUACACCAGAAGCAAACCAACCACCGGGUUUUUUAGCCAAGCUCACCCAGUCCUACGCAGUUGACGAGAUCACACAGAUCUAUGAUAAAUGCAUCACGGAGAUUGAUCAACAUCUUCAGUUUAUCAACCAAGUGAUGCCUCAAUCCCAGCAUGUACAGAUCUUACAUGCCCUGUUAGAAUCAGUCAUGGUAGCCAGGAACUCACGGGAGAUUGUCACAGCUCUUGCCUGCCUCCAAAAGGCUGUUGAAGGUCUUCUAGAAGGCUACACAGUAAGUUCUCUGGACCCCAAUGCAGCCUUGCGCUACCGAGAUGCACAUAUUCUAGUUCUCAAGUCUCUACAAGAUCAGAGGGCCUAUGGUCCACAGUGGACAAACAAACAGGUCACUAGAGUUGUCUGCGAGACGAAUAGCGAGAGGAAGUACAACCUUGAUGCCAUUGAACAGCUGCUGAGGACGCACCUUGUCAACCUACAAACUAUUGAUAUGCAUAUUGCCACCUCGAUGGAGAAUGGCCUUAACUACGGUGCUGUUGGUUUUGCCAUGAGCGUAGUCAAGCGAUUCCUCAUCGAUGAGAAACAAAGCAACGUGCUGAAUGAAGCCGAUCUCUACAACACACUACAUGUUCUGGCUAGGAUUGCUACACAGAGUCCUAAUCCACCAGAGGGCUUGCCUCAGUUGAUUGAGCUUGUAAGACAGAACCACGACCCUGCCUUUCUUGACAAAGCACCCGGUGGCCCAACCUCCAUGAUGCACUCCGGUAUCUCCCAGGCUCGCGAGUUUGAUGAUCCACCGGGCCUCAGGGAGAAGACAGAGUACCUCCUGAGGGAGUGGGUCAACAUGUACUACUCACCGGCCGGUGGUAAGGACAGCACCAAAGCUUUCUCGGCAUUUGUCAAUCAGAUGCACCAACAGGGUAUCCUGAAGACGGACGACCUGAUCACACGAUUCUUCCGGCUCUCCAUUGAGCUGUGCGUGGAUGUUUGCUACCGGGCCUUGGCGGAACAGGUCCACAGCCAGGCCCUGACCAGAGCCAAGUGCUUCCAGACCCUGGAUGCCUUUGUCCGUCUCAUUGCUCUUCUCGUCAAGCACUCCGGAGACGCCACGAACCCAGUCACCAAGAUCAAUCUUCUCAAUAAGGUGUUGGGUAUCGUAGCAGGUGUGUUGCUUCAGGAUCACGAAGUUCGUCAGACGGAGUUUCAUCAGUUAGCCUACCAUCGUAUCUUUAGUAUGCUUCUCCUGGAACUCAAUGCUCCCGAGCAGAUCCUAGAGGCCAUCAACUUCCAAGUCAUGUCAGCUUUCUGCAAUGCUCUUCAUGUACUGAGACCAUCUAAAGCACCAGGUUUUGUAUAUGCUUGGUUAGAACUGAUCUCACAUCGUAUCUUUAUUGCUAGGAUGUUGGGCAUGCUUCCACAACAGAAGGGAUGGCCGAUGUAUGCUGGCCUACUAACAGGUCUCUUCAAGUUCAUGACACCAUUCAUGCGCAAUGCAGAACUUCCAAAGCACCUAGCUCUACUUUACAAGGGAACUCUGAGAGUGCUGCUAGUGCUUCUACACGAUUUCCCAGAGUUCCUUUGCGAUUACCAUUACGGCUUCUGUGACGUCAUCCCACCAAACUGUAUCCAGAUGCGUAACCUGAUCCUAUCGGCAUUCCCUCGUAACAUGAGACUACCUGACCCAUUCACACCUAACCUCAAGGUUGACAUGUUAGCAGACAUUGCUCAUCAUCCCCGCAUCCUGACCAACUAUGUUACUGUCAUCCAGCCUGCCUCAUUUAAGAAGGAUCUGGACUCCUACAUCAAGACCCGUAGCCCUGUCACCUUCCUCUCUGAGCUACGCAGUCAUAUCCAGGUCUCGCAGGAACCGGGUCAACGUUACAACGUAUCCCUGAUGAAUGCCUUGGUGCUGUACGUGGGCAUGCAAGCCAUCAACUACAUCCAGAGCAAGGGAAGCACGCCCUCUAUGAGUACCAUCACGCAUUCCUCCCAUAUGGACAUCUACCAGAACCUCGUCGUGGAUCUGGAUACAGAAGGUCGUUACUUGUUCUUGAAUGCCAUUGCCAAUCAGCUACGGUACCCUAACAGCCAUACUCACUACUUCAGCUGUACACUACUCUACCUAUUUGCUGAGGCUAACACUGAGGCUAUUCAGGAGCAGAUCACAAGAGUGCUACUGGAGCGUUUGAUCGUGAACAGGCCCCACCCAUGGGGACUUCUCAUCACAUUCAUUGAGCUUAUCCGUAACCAUCACUUCAAGUUCUGGAGCCAUGAGUUUGUCCAUUGUGCCCCCGAAAUCAAGAAGCUGUUUGAGUCUGUGGCUCGUAGCUGUAUGCAACAGAAGGGCUCUGCUCAACCAGGCAUAGCCAGAGAUAAUGCAGAAGUACAUGAAACGUAACCAAACCCUUCAAGGAAUACACUACAAGAUAUCCUGAAUUCUUGUCAUCAAAGAUUCCGCUCAAGCAGUCAUGGUUAGAUAUCAAAGCUCAUGAAAACCCUAUCAAACCCUUAUCAGGAAUACAUUGAAAGAUAUGUAGUCAUGUCAUUUAAUCCUCAACAUGGUUGUCUCCAUAAAACCUCAUUUGAUGUAUAUCAUAUAAACUUGGCAUACAUGUGUGACAAGGAGUGUAUGAAAAUUCUCCAUAUGAAAGGCUAUAUAAAAUAAAACAUUUGUAUCUUUUGUAUGUGUCUUUACAACAUAUUGAUGUAAACCUUUGUAUCAAUUUUUUUUUGACCUAUUUAUUCAGACAGGAAAAUCAGUAUUAAUUUUAUCUUACCCAAGUGUUCCUUAGUUUGAAACUACAAGAUUUAAUUUCUCCUCACUUUAACCAUGAAGCUGAUUUUUUUUUCAAGAACUCUUGAGAUGUAUAAAGAGUGAUUUUAAUGAGCACAUUUUUUUUAUUUCAUACAUGGAACUGCAAAGAUGAAUAAUGUUCAUUUGAUGUCAAUGCUGCACAAGUGCUGUACUUGUUUCUCUGUGAUUAAUCUUGUUUUAAGUCAAUCAUGGGAAUGUAAUAUUCAUAGUUUGUCUCAGUUUCUUUGACUUCAUUUCACUUCUGUUUAUUUCAGAAGAUCAAAUUUGACUGGAUAUGACCAAUUAAUAAGCAUUCCCUUGUCGUACUUUGACAAGAAGAAUAGAUCAUGAUGAUUACUACGAACAUACUUGAUUCUAUUUCAACAAUAGAUAAGUGAGGCACAUUCAUUAUUGAAUUGUUUAUUUUCUCCUGAGCCAGAUGUGUUAUGUUGUGCCUUAUUUAUUCACAUAUGUUUAUUAUAUCAAAUCAGUGAUACACACUAAAUAAGACAAGAAUAUUAUCUUGAUAUGCACUCCUUCACAGUAUUCCAUUUGCUACGUGCAUUCAGGAACAACAAAAUGUCUUCUAUGGUUUUCAUUAGAUUUGAAUAAUCAUUCAUGAUCAAUUUGAUGAUUUUUUAAGAAUUGCAACUUGUGGCACUGUAGAAAUCAUUUUUUAUUGUGUUCAAUUUCUUUGGGUCUCUUUUAAAACCAUAUUAGUUUUGUAACAGCUCCCAAUCAUUUCAAGGCAAUCAACUUAAGAGUAGUUAUGAAAUGCUUGAAAGAAUCGUGACAUUGAACAUUCACUUGUUGCUGCCACUUUUCUUGUGUCAACAAUGUUGUUGAUUCCAGCUGUGCUGGUCAGCAACCCAUGUUACUGGCAACAUCAGAUUCCUCACUGAAUUCAAAACACAAUUGAAAAAAAUAAAAAUGAUUACCAAAAUAAAAAAACAUGUUUAGGUAAUCCGUACACAUUUGAUUUCUCCGUAACCAUCCUCUCUCUAAUAGUUUGAAAAUUCUGACAGCAUCACAUAUGUUGUUUGAAAAUGCAUUGAUUUGUGUUUUUUCCUUAACCACUCCUGUGAAUUUACACUGUAUGUGUGUGAAUUACAAUUUAGAUAAGGCUAGAGCCUAUGACCUCCAAAUUGAGCAUUUCCAUUGCUGAAUAAUGAUACAAAAUACUGGGGACAUGCAUUUUCAAACAAUUGUUUAAUGGUCAGAAAAAAUGAUGUUAUGGCAAAGUUGUUUAUCUCUGUCUUUAUUUAAAUUUCAGAGAAAUAAGUUUAAACCGUAAGUAUUGAAAUGUAAUGUUAUUUUUCUUAGGGAAAUAAAUCAUUUCUGCAAUACUAACUAUAUUAAUCUAAAGUAUUUUACAUGCUUAAUCUGCACACUUGUACGCAUUAUGCCAAGAAAUAUGCCCCAAAAAUAGAGAAAAGGGAAUAGGAUGGGAGAUUCUGAGCUUUUCAUUCACACUUGUGCAUUAUGGAGAUUGUAUAUACUAAUAUGUAUGUAGCCAAUAUUCAGGACAGAAUAAAAAAAUCAGUGUUUCUAAAGCAUACAGCAACUCAUCCUGCCGACUUGGUCUCGGUUGCAGUAGUAGUUAUGUACAGUGAUAUACCUCUGUGGUGUAUAUAGUAUUUCUAGUAGUAUUUAGACUGUUAUUUGAAACCAAUUUGGCUGGAUGAGUAGCCAAGAUUUGAACUAUUUUAUGUAAUUAUUUGUAGUUAGGUAUAAUGGAUAUUGAGGCGAAGAAGCCGAGGAGUUGUUAUGAUGAAUGUAUUGUAAUUAAAAGUGCUUGUACUGAUGUCUUAUCUGUGUUUUCUGCAAAUAUUUGAAUAAAAAUGAAGGCAUGUAUAUGAAACAUGUAAGAGAAAA